CUUUCUACACCGUCCCAGAUCGUCACUCGAGAAGAAUGGCCGUCAUUCUCCGAGACGCUUCACUACGAGCACAUCUCUCAAGCAACAACAAUGUUGGAACUAGACACAGCUUUGAUGCAUAUAUUUCAAGAGUAUUACAGCGAUUCAUACUAGCGUAGAGCAAUGUUUUCAAGCCUCAGACCUUUGUCUUCCUUGUCGCUCUUCAUUGCGCGUCUAUGUUGUUCCUGGACUGGCUCGUUGGGCAAUCUUUAAUAUCUUAAAGAUAACUGUAGGUGCCACUGAAGGACAGGACCUGCCAUCAGUACUCGCCACGAAACAGAAUAGACGGCGCGAUUCCAGCUUCAGGUCUCAAACCCCCGCUUCUCUAUCGGUCUAACACUCAGUCAAGGGACAAGAGCCGGCUCCAGAACCUCUGGGCGUGGUGUACCUUCCCCAACGCCGUAACACAUAUCGAAAAGCUUCCUUCGUGUUCUGUGCAGUCGAACGCAAAUCGGCGGCAGUAUGAUCGGCAGAAAUCGAUAAGCUUAGAAGGCCACUGUGCUCGGAGAACAUCCUGCUCCCCGAAAUUCGAAAGCGAGUUGGCCAUAUAUCAGUGACGACACGGAGCACACCGGGCUACGUGCCCGGAUCCGAAACACUGACCGCGGCUAAGAUUGCACCACAGCCCGUGAUUUAGAGUCUAGCAGGCCUCGGUUCGGUGCUCGACUCCUUCUCAACGACCCGAUUCGGUCUCUCCGUCCCGUCCUUGAGAUCCUAUGAGGAAAACCGACAGAUCGAAUUGGGGUGCCCGGUGCCCGAUUGAGUAAUAGCUUCGCGCUGUCAUCGCCGUCAUAAGUCCCCGUCAUUCCCAGUAGUUGGGACGCCCGGCUGGUGAUCGCACUGCACAACACCACAACAUCACGAGACCCCCGAUCUCUCCGAUUGCUUUCGAUCAGCCGAGGCACGGCGUCUAGCCCACUCCAGGCCAAGCGUGAUGCUGAACGCAGAUUGUCGAGCCACUGUCAAGCUGUCAGGAUGAUGCCAGCAUAAACGGGGGGGGGGGGGGGCCGGCAAGGCUUUCCUGACGGACUCGGAGGACCCUGAAAUCGGCAGCCCUCGGAAUGACGCAAGGAAAGAAGUUCCUGGAAGCCAGGCGAUUACAUCCUCGGAACCCGUCUGUCUGCCCUCUGGUUCCCAGGCGGGGCGAGGUGAUUUCUCGAUCCGGCCGGGGGUCUCGGCAUGAGCUCAUCGUCCGAACCGCCCCUCCCUCCCCGAUUACACUGUCCGGCCGCAACAGCAACAUCAACCCUUUGGAUGCAUGGAACUCGAGGGAUUUAUUUCUGUUUUCCCCCAUCUUUGCUAGGAAGAUCUUAAGCUCGACUCUGGCUGCCGGUUAUGAUGAGCUGUUUCGCGGCAACUCACGGGGCUCCAGGUGGUAAAGAAACAAGACCAGCGACGUCUCUCUCUCUCACCACUCAGGAAAGUGAACACUUCAAGAUCAAAUUCGUCACACGGCACAAGUGAUUACUGAUGCAAAAGCCGGCGUUGACUUGCUUCACGUGGUACCCCCCGGUCCCAUCACGGCCCUCCGAGGCUUCCAGCGCCGUGGUUCCCCGCCCACAAACGGUCAUGGUCGUGGAGGGGGAGACAUCCUGGGUUUUCCAUCAGUCAUUUGACGUCUCGUCUGAAGUAUCACCCACGGACGACGUCACCGGCCCUCCAUCGUAGGGUGACGACCAAUGGGGCAACGGCCUUUACCUGGCAUAGACUCGCGUAUUCGGUGAAAACGAGAAUCACGCCCGUCUCAACUCUGUCCGGCGUAGACGACCCGGUAAGCGCGCGAUCCAUGCAUCCUCUCUCCGGCCCAUCAACAUGCAACGGACACCGCGGAAGCAUACUCGAAGUCUGAAUCAGCGUUUCCCCACAUUCCAGUUUUCCCAAUUCAGAAGUGUAUUGCGAGGAACGUCGGGGCGUCACCCGGCGGGCGGCGGCCCUCACGGAGGUUAUGCGAAAUAGCCUUCGAUUGCGGGACCAUCCACACUCGAUCGGGGGGAGGCGGCGAGACGACCCCGGCCGCGGCGGGCUAGGAUCGUAUUCGGGGAAUAACAUGGAACUCGUCGAAGGAGGGGCUGUGGAGAUGAUGCCGAGUUGUGUGUAUAUAUAUCGUCUUGACAUCCCGCCAAAGAGACUGGGUAAAUCUUCAUCUCUACAACAGCAGGAUUUACAACAACACAGUUUACGCUACUGCAAGGCACACAGCGACAAAAACAGAAUCAAGCGCCAUUACUAAGAUAUUCAACAAAAUACCCGAAACGCAAACAUACAAUCGACAACCCGGUACCAAGCCGCGCAACAUCUACAUCGGGGUUAAAACCGCCCUCGUCAACACACCCAACACACUGCCCAUAUACUCUCAACAUACUCAUCAAGAAAAUGCGUUUCUCCACCGCACUCACGAUCUUUGCCGCCGGCCUCGUGGUCGCCGCCCCCGCCCCGGUCGACUUGACGGACAAGGACGCCGGGAAGAAGGACGGCGGCGCCAUCGCCGCGUGCGAGACGGCAACUGCCGCGGAGCAGGUGUCGUGCAUCGACGGCUGCGACAAGAACGCCGCAUGUAUCGUUGCCUGUACUUCCAAAGCUGUCGCCGGUUACACGGGGUGCGCCGGUGUUGGUCCCGGGCCGGCUCCGAAAACCCCGGCCACCCCCAAAGCAUGAGUACCAAAGGGGGAGCACCUUGACGACGAAUUGAUGAUUACAAAGAAUUUCCUCAGCCCUCUUCAUUCUUCUUUACAUUUAUCAUUGCUCAGCGUAGAAGUAGCUUGAAACACAUAGUUAUUCAAUGAGAUGCUUUUGGGACGAAAUGAGGAAUAGCCGAAUAGAUGACUCGAAUAACACAAUCGUGUUUUUCAGACUGAUUCUGUCAAAAACUAGAACGUAUAACAGUGUUCAGAGGAUCUCUCGAGUGUUGGUGCUAAACAUGUUGCUGAGCACGAUGUAAUCGGCUUUUGCUUGGGUUCGCCAAUUUGACCUUAUACAACUUUCUAGGCCCAUUGGCCUAAUUUAGACAAGCA